AUGUCUACUACUUCCACCCAAUCAGCUCAAAUGUAUGAAAAUGCGACUGAAGGAUUGCAAACGCUAACAAAAUUAUGGGAAACUAUGUUGAAUAUCAUACACUCAGUAUCUACUGCUUCUGGUUCGUCACUCACAGUUGAACCAGAUCUGAUAGCACUUCAAAAAACACGCCGGGAAUUAGAACAGUUAUUGAAAUCACUUCAAUCAACUGCCUCAUGGUUAGAUAACGUUGAUAUGCCUGAGCAUAGUGAUCAGUCUGAUUCAGAAGAAUACGCUGAACUAUUAAAAGAGAACAAAUCAGCAGUUGAGGAAGCAGAACAUGUGUCGGAUCAGCUAAGACGGCUUUUAAGUAAAUCAUAUGCAUUACAGUUACUAAUGGAAAUGCUUCAAGUCUCUUCAAAAGAAUAA